AUGAAUGGUGAAGAUGAAGUCGUCGAUAAGUUCCGAAAAUACUCCGAUGAGAUUUCUGAAAAGAUGACAAAUGGCUCACAGUGCAAGCUCUUCAACGAUGGUACACAAAAUGAGAAGGGGAUUUUGUGUAAGUGCAAGAAGCUAACACGGGUUGUACAAGCUUGGACAGAUGACAACCCAGGACGAAGAUUCUACGGUUGUGAAGGACGAAAGGUUGAUCACGGGUAUGAAUCUUGCAACUUUUUCCAGUGGUAUGAUGUUGAGAGACCACAUGGUUGGCAAUAUCUAGCAUUGUUGGAGGCGAGAGAUAUAAUGCGUGGGCAGAAGGAGGAGAUUAAGCAGAUGAAGGAGUCUAUGAGAGCACUGACUCAUGAAAGAGAAAGACAAUUGGAGAGUCCUGCAUUGGAAGAGUUGAAGGUGAGUCGCGAAGAAUGUGAGGCACUUAAGCGUGAAGUAUUGGUACUAAGCGAGAGGAGCAGAGUGUUUCGAAAUGUGCUAAUAUCGUCGACUUUCGGAUUUGUUGUGGUUCUUGGAGUCAUGGUGGCGAUGGGGAAGCAGCAUUAG